GAAGUCGCGUAAAGUUGUAGCUCCUAAGACCCGGAUUGAGGCAAGAUGGCUGGGUCGUGGUGAGCAGCUGUCAAGGAUGAAAAUAGGUAUGCCUAGAAGCAAAUUCUAAAAGAUUUUUCUCUUCAAAUCGUCUUUUUCCAUACCACCUGCUAAGCAUCUUGAUUCACCAUGGCAGUAGCAGCAGUGAAAUGGGCGAUAUCAAACAGAACUAUCUUGAAACGUUUAUUUCCAUUUCAAAAUGGAGCUUUAUUUUGUGUUUGUCAUAAGUCCACGUAUUCUCCUCUUCCAGAUGACUAUAAUUGCAAAGUAGAGCUUGCUUUGACAUCUGAUGGCAGGACAAUAGUUUGCUACCAUCCUUCUGUGGACAUUCCAUAUGAACACACAAAACCUAUCCCUCGGCCAGAUCCUGUGCAUAAUUAUGAAGAAACACUAGAUCAAGUACUGAAAACCAGAUUAGAAGAAAAAGAAGAACACUUGGAGCAAGGACCUAUGAUAGAACAACUUAGCAAAAUGUUCUUUACUACUAAGCACCGUUGGUAUCCUCGUGGACAGUAUCAUAGACGUCGUAAGAAAUUGAAUCCUCCAAAAGACAGAUGAUAUUGAGGUUUUCAGUAAUCAAAGAACAAUGUUUUCCUGUGUCUCAUUUGCCAUUUGAGGAAAUGCAAUCAAGUAUAUUCACUACUAUGCUACGUAGUAAAAUAAUAAUAAAAUGUCUUGUCAUUUA